CCAGCGCACCGCGGUAGCAUCACUCUCCGUUGUUCCUCCCGCGCCGAGCAGAAGUGGCUCGGGCCGUGGUCGCACGCAGGGCCACGAGUCCACAGAGAAGGACCUGGAGACCCACAGCACUGACAGAAUGAACCGCACCGCCUAUACUGUGGGAGCUUUGCUUCUCCUCUUGGGGACCUUGCUACCGGCCGCAGAAGGGAAAAAGAAAGGGUCCCAAGGAGCCAUCCCGCCUCCAGACAAGGCUCAGCAUAAUGACUCUGAGCAGACCCAGUCCCCACCACAGCCUGGCUCCAGGACCCGGGGGCGGGGCCAAGGGCGGGGUACCGCCAUGCCAGGAGAGGAGGUGUUGGAGUCCAGCCAAGAGGCCCUGCACGUGACAGAGCGCAAGUACCUGAAGCGAGAUUGGUGCAAAACUCAGCCCCUGAAGCAGACCAUCCACGAGGAGGGCUGCAACAGCCGCACUAUCAUCAACCGGUUCUGCUAUGGCCAGUGCAAUUCCUUCUACAUCCCCAGACACAUCAGGAAGGAGGAAGGCUCCUUUCAGUCUUGCUCCUUCUGCAAACCCAAGAAAUUCACCACCAUGAUGGUCACGCUCAACUGUCCUGAGCUACAGCCGCCCACCAAGAAGAAACGGGUCACACGCGUGAAGCAGUGUCGCUGCAUAUCCAUCGAUCUGGAUUAAGCCAAAGCAGGCACAUCCAGCCUGUCAUAGCCAUGCCGAGAGCCACAC